GACCCCGAGCGGGGCCGGCCGUGCCGCGCGUGCCGCGAGCUCUGCCCCGGCUUCCAGGAGCACCCCUGGAGGUGAGCCGGGUGCGCCCCCAGGAAGAUCUGCCAGCACUGCAAAUGCCCGCGGGGGGAGCACGUGGGGGGCGGGGUCCCCCCGGCGCUGCAGGGGGUCCUGGCCCGGCUGCUCCCCGAGUCCCACCCGCCCCCUGGCUCCGAGGACUCGGGGUGCUCGGCCGAGGAGUUCGCCUGGGCCCCCCCCGGCCUCAGCCCCGACCAGGUAACCCCCCCCGGACCCCAAAACCCGAGGGAUGGAGACCCCUCCCCCAUCUAUUUUGAGGUGCCCCAUGACCGUAAUUUGGGGAAGAUCUGCCAGCACUGCAAAUGCCCGCGGGGGGAGCACGUGGGGGGCGGGGUCCCCCCGGCGCUGCAGGGGGUCCUGGCCCGGCUGCUCCCCGAGUCCCACCCGCCCCCUGGCUCCGAGGACUCGGGGUGCUCGGCCGAGGAGUUCGCCUGGGCCCCCCCCGGCCUCAGCCCCGACCAGCCCCAAUUUUGCCACGACCUGGACGAGGUCGAGCGUCGGGAAUUUAAACUUUUCGCCCAACGCCGAAAACGGGAAAAUUUGGGCCAAGGGAGCGUCCGACCCCUCCCCCUCACCAGCGUGGGCGCCGUCUGCCAGCAGGUGGGGGCACCCCAAAAACGGGACCCUAAAAACGGCACCCCUAAAACGGGCACACUAAAAUGGGACCCCAAAAAUGGCGACCCCAAAAAUGGCACCCCCCAAAAAAAGUCGUGUGGGACCCAGGAAUGGGGGUGGGAAGCCCCAAGAUGCCCCCUGACCCCCGUGGUGAGGGUUGGGAGCUAUAACCGGGGGGAUUGCACCCCAAAUUCCCGGGGUGCCCUUGUGACAGCCCGGGCUGAGGGGUGGCUGCUCUGCGGGCGGCACCACGGCGACAGCGUGCGACACCGCUGCCCCGGCUGCGACGAGCUGAUUUUCGGGGGGCGCUGGGCCGAGGCCGGGGGGCGCCGCUGGCACCUGCGGCACCUGCGCUGCCUGGAGUGCGAGGGGCCCCUGGAGCCCCGGGACCUGCCCGGGGAGGGGGCGCAGCCCCUGUGCCCCCCCUGCCGCGCCCGCCGCGCCCACCUGUGCGACACCUGCGGGGACCCCAUCGGUGAGGGGCGGGGUCCCGGGGGGCUUGGGGUCUCUGGGGGACCCCCCGACCUGUGCCCGGUGACCUUUGACCCCCGGAGCGCAGCUUUAAUAAAGGGGCGGUGCCCCCGUUGUGUCCCCGCUGUCCCUGGAGUCCCGGUGACGUGUGGGGGGGGCGGGGUCCCCGGGGCCGCCAUCUUGAACGGGACCCCCCGAAAACAGCGCGGGGCCAACGCCCCCCCCAACAUGGCGGCGCCCGUGCGGGCCGCGCGCUCUGAUUGGCUGAGCGCCAGCGCCUGCCCGGCGGCCGAUUGGCUGACGCCCCGCCCAGAGCCCGAGGAGGAGAUCAUCGCUGAGGAUUACGACGAUGCCCACGUGGAUUACGAGGCCUCGCGGCUCGAGGGGCUGGUGCCGCCCUGGUACAAAGUGAUCGACCCCACCUG